UUGGCAAAUCAUUACAAAGAACAUGGAGAGUAGCUGGCUCCUCCCAUUUCUCCUCCCUGCAAUAAUAAUUGCCACAGAAGCUGCAUUCUUUGUUGGUGGCGGCGGCAGCGGCGGAGCCAUUCAAGUCGGCGGCGGCGGCGGUGGUGGCGGAAGUGUGUGGAUUGGUGGAGGAAUGAACCCUCCGAACACUACUCCAUCAUCAGCUUCAAAGCUCACCAAAGCGUACACAGCUCUCCAGGCAUGGAAAUCUGCAAUCUCAGACGACCCGUUAGGGAUCUUGAACUCAUGGGUCGGGUCGAACGUCUGUUCUUACAAAGGAAUAUUCUGUUCAGAUUCUCUGGACUACACCGGAAACCCCACCGGCAAAAUUGUUGCCGCCAUAGAUCUGAACCACGCCAACUUAAAAGGAACCCUGGUGAAAGAACUCUCCCUCCUCACAGAUUUGUCGCUCCUCCACCUCAACAGCAACAGAUUCAGCGACGAAAUUCCGUCGUCACUGAAAUACCUCUCGUCGUUAACCGAACUAGACCUCAGCAACAACAAUUUCUCCGGCCAAUUUCCGUCGCAGAUUUUAUACAUCCCGAAUCUCCGGUACUUGGACAUCAGAUACAACUCGUAUACCGGCGAAAUCCCCGACGAGCUUUUCGACAGGAACCUCGACGCGAUAUUCCUCAACAACAAUCUGUUCGACGGCGAGAUCCCCGAGAAUCUUGGAAAUUCGCCGGCGUCGGUGGUGAAUCUGGCCAACAACAGAUUCACCGGGGCGAUCCCUUUCAGCUUGAGCUACAUGGGGAUAAAGGAAAUCCUGUUCUUGAACAACCAGCUCACCGGCUGCAUACCCGACGGCGUCGGAAUGUGGGCCGGGUUGCAGGUUCUCGACGUGAGCUCGAAUUCUUUAACGGGUCAUUUGCCGGAUUCUUUAUCUUGCUUGAGCGGUAUCGAGGUUCUGAAUUUCGGCCGGAAUAUGCUCUCCGGCGUGUUGCCGGAUUUGGUCUGUUCGUUGCGGAGCUUGGUGAAUUUGACGGUGUCUGGGAAUUUUUUCUCCGGGCUGAGCCACGGUUGCGAUAGGUUGGCCGUCGGAGGAGGGUUUGAUUUCUCGUUCAAUUGUAUUCCCGGGAGGGAGAUGCAGAGGCCUCAGCCGGACUGCGCGGCGGUUCCAGGCGGCGGACUGAGCUGCCUGAGAAUGAUGAAGCCUUUUGUUUGUGGGACAAUGGUGGUGGGGGCGGAAGCCGCCGUAAGUCCACCUCCAUAAUCCUACUUAAUGGGGGUGGGUGGGGAGAGGGACUAGUCUUUAUUUAUGACCAGUGUUUUCUUACGAGGCACAGGUUUUAUUUGUUUUGGCUGUCUUUUCAUUAUUAACUCCAAUUCAUGAUUUUGAUGCUUUCAAUCCGAAUUCCGAAAUUCCGAGUUCUGAUUUUUACGAAAUUAUUUAAGUUUCGAAGGUAA